AAAGUGCCGUCCAAGCUCUACCAGAGGCUCGCACGUCCAGGGACUUGAAGACGAGUGGGAGCUCGCUGGAUAUCGGGGAUCUGCAAGCUUCGAUUUGGAUUAAUCGGAAGGCUUUCUCACCCUGCCUUUUUUUUUCUUCGCUCCCCCACCCCCAUCAAAAAAGGAACCCUAAACUACGCCUGCAGACAUGCCUCUGUCAGGGACCCCCGCCCCCAACAAGAGGAAAAAGUCAUCCAAGAUCAUCGUUGACCUAUCUCAAAUUUCGCAGGAUGUCGACCAGGAAGAUGCAGAUCCCGAGGUGGCGGAGUUUGACCUGGGGACGAAGAUCAAGGUCCCCAAGGACCUGAUGCUGGAGGAGCUGUCCCUGCUGAAGAACAAGGGCUCCAAGAUGUUCAAGAUGAGGCAGCAGAGGGUGGAGCGCUUCAUUUACGAGAACAACCCAGAGCUCUUCACCGAGUCCAUGGAGAACCUUCACAACCUGGCACCCUCACUGGGUGGGCAAGAGAAGAAUGGGACCGCUGAUGGCGGUCAAACCAACGGCGGCCAAACCAAUGCUGACGGCCACAUCCAAAACAAUGGCUCCGCUCUUGAGUCUGAGACCCAAGGCGAGGAUGAAUCAGGAAAGAGAGCAGGUGAAAACGGACAGGAAGGAGGCCAGGAUGGCGUGGAUGGUGAGGGCAGCGCCGCGGAAAAGGAGAAGGAGUUGGAGGAGAAGAAGAAGAAGGCUGAGUACAUGAGAACGUACAUAUCACCAUGGGAACGGGCCAUGAAGGGUGAUGAGGAGCUGACAGCCACCAUGAAGGUACAGAUGCCUGGGCCUCAUGUGCACCAGGAUCCACCCAGCUUCAAGAGCUUCAACAGGAUGGCCGUGCCGUUCGGAGGCUUCCAUAAAGCCUCCCAGCUCAUGACCUUCCAGAUGCCGGAGAUCGAGCUGGAGAUCGAGGAGCCGGAGCCGACCGUGGUGUUCCACCGGGACAUCAGCGCCAGGCCCUCCUUCAACCGCACGCCCAUCGGCUGGGUCUGCACCGGGGAGCACAGCGACGUCAUCAUGGAGCAUUUGGACGCCAUCCCCUUCGACGGAGAGACCGACGACCUCUGAAGGGCACAUCCCACACGUGCGCAUGUGCACACACACACACACACACACUCACAGACACACACACACACAGACAUAUACACAUUCUCAUGUACACACACACACACAUGCAUAUACACAAACACAUUCUCAUGUACACACACACACACACACACACAUGCAUAUACACAAGCACAUUCUCAUGUACACACACACACACACAUGCAUAUACACAAACACAUUCUCAUGUACACACACACACACGCAUAUACACAAACACAUUCUCAUGUACACACACACACACACACACGCAUAUACACAAACACAUUCUCAUGUACACACACACACACAUACAUGUGCAUAUACGCAAACACAUUCUCAUGUGCACACACACAAACACACACACAGCCACAUGUGCAUAUACACAAACACAUUCUCAAUUACACACACACCCACCCACCCACAUGCACACCCACAGACUCAUAUACAUGCAUGCAGACAUCAGUCACACAGGUUGUGCAGGACAGGGUGACUCACUAGCCAACAUUCUGAAAAGUUUAUAUCCAACACACACACACACAAACGCACACAUACUCACACAUGUACACCCCCCUCCUCUCCCACACACACACACGCACACACUCACAUGCACACAUACACAAACGCACACACACAGUAAUCACCCUGACUGACUGGAAGCUAAGGACUACAAACACACUCCCACUGGAUCAAAACCACAUCUGCUCUACCUCCACACAGUUGCUGAUUACCUCUGACCUUCCCCUGUUACCUCUUACCCAAUGGCAUGCAUGCAUGUCUUUCCGUAGAUAAUGAACAACUCUUCCAGAUUUCUCAGGUUACAAUACAGGUAAAAGUUAAGUAACUUUGACCAUAUAGCUCUAUAUAUGCACCACUCUUUCUAUGCCUUUGUUAGAACUGAGAGAGUGACAGAGAACAUCCCCUGGGCUGUUUUGUUUGCUUGGCUUUCUUUGUGUGUUGCACUUUUAGAAGUGGACCUUGCUGGGUUCUUUUUUGAGUGUUGUGGUACAUGUGCAGCCUGGUCUGGUUGACAGAACUACUUCCAUGUCAUGGAUUCUCAUCAUUGUUCUUUGGGCACAGUCAUAUGGCAAUGAUGAUGAUGAUGAUGAUGAUGAUGACUAUGAAGGUGAUAACAAUGAUGACAAAGAUGGUGAUGGUUGUGAUAGCUGUAAUGGUACCAAUAGUGAUAACAAUGAUGAUGAUGGUGAGGAUGAUUACAAUGAUGAUAAUGAUGAGGUAAUACAGUUCAGGCUUGGCUGCUUUCUUUUUAAUUUCCUCCUUGAUGCAAUAAAUCUUUUCAAAAUGUA